UUGGGGUGGGGAAGAGCUUAAAGGGCUUGUCUGAGUGAAGCUUUUCCUCUGCCUCCUGGAUGUCUCCUCUGCAGCGGAACAGGCUGGCAGGCAGCCUGCGAUGGGGCCCUGCUCAGAAGACACCCCCGUCUGCAGGGCCUCCUGGCUCCUCGGCUUCAGCAGCCUCCUCCUCAGUGUCUGCAGCACUGGGGUCAAGAGUUCUGGAGCACAUGGCGCUGGAGUUCAGGAUUCUGGAUCCUACAUUUCUCUGAAGAGGAUCCGAGGAGGUUCUGUGUGGUUUCAUCUGAUCAAGGAGCCAGGAAGUGAGCUGGAGGAGAUCGUUUGGGCCUUUGGCCCCGCCGUUAAACACAGAGUCAUGCUGCAAGUCCAUAAAGGGUCAGAAGGGACUCCAACCUGGGUCAGCCUCCAGGACAAGUACAUGCAGAGGGUCCAUGUGCCCAACCUGACAUCCCUGAGGAUUGAGAACUUGACCCGUGAGGACAGUGGGCAGUACCAGGCUCGAGCCAACUUACCUGGGGGAAUGGAAUCUAACCAGAUUUUCGACCUCACUGUGUAUGAGCCUGUGCCCCUUCCCCAGAUCCUGGCCAAGUCAGUGUCUACCACAGAAGGCUGGUGCAACAUCACCCUGGAGUGCAGGGCUGCAGGGGUCACAGAGGACCUGAAUGUGACCUGGGAAAGCAAGGACCUCUCAAGGGAGCUGGAACCAGCCCGCAACUCCUGGACCCUGGCUGUGAGCCUGCCUCUGAGCCCACCCAAUGCCAGCCUCACCUGUGUGGUCAGCAACUCCGAGGACCGGAAAACUGUCACCACAUUUCUUGGGGAAUUCUGUGCCCAUGAUUCACAGGGACAGGCCUCAACAGGCACCCUCAAAGCCAUCCUAGGGCCCAUCGUGGCUGUGCCAUUGAUCCUCGGUGUUGGACUGUACCUUUGGAAGACACAUGAGAAGAAGAAGAAGAUGGAGAUUGGAAGAGGUGCAGGACUGCAGGAGGAACACAGGAACCAGGAUGAUGACAUCCAGUAUGCAGAGCUGAGCCUGCAGGAGUCUCGAGGGGGCAGGGACAAGGGUAUGGGUGAACGACGUCUGCAAGAAAAGGAAGAUCUCACUGCUGUCUACAGUGAGGUUCAGAAGCCAGGCCAGGCCAAGCCAUGAAGAUAAAGAGAAAACAGGAGAAUCAGCAUUCCUAGGACACCUCCACACUGAGCUUGAUCCCUGCAGACACCUGCCUCUUCCAGCUCUGGUCCAGCUCCAGCGGCUUCUGGUCCACAUUGCUCUGACCCUCAUGUCUUCAAAUCCCUAGGCUCGUGUAGCCCUGUCAUGUCCUCUGACACCUCCCUAAGCUGCCCUCCCACUCAGGACCCUCACUCCUGCAGGACAAGUGCUCUUUCCCUGUCAUUGACUUGGCUCCUGACCCCUCUCCUCCUGAAGAUUCCCCAAAGGAGACCCUCCUGAUUGUGCUUGUGUUAAUCCCCACAACCUCUGCUCUGUGUCUUUUUGAGAACAUGAGCACAAGUUUGG